GAUGCAUUAAGAAAACACAGAGAGAGGAAGACAGAGGAGAGAGGCAGAGAAUAAAGCAUAUGUUUGGAGGUGCCUUAUUUGCUUCAGCCGGUCUUCUUUAAAGGUCGAGGAUGCAGUGGGUUUGUGGUCGUUUACUCUGGUUUUAUCCACUUUUUCUCACGUGGUUACAACUUUCGGAGCUGCUUUCAGCCUCCACAUCUCCUCCAGCGCUUCUAACACCAACCCUGGACAUCUAUUCAAAGUCAGGAGACUCUGUAGUUCUGGUCUGCCGAGCCCCUGAGGGUCACCAUGGGGUUCUGUUCAUGUUGUACCGAGAAAAAGAAAAAAUUGACUGGCAUGAACUGCAGUAUGCUGAGGAGCAGGUUUACUUCACUGUCAGGAUGGAAGAAUCAAAAUCAGGCCAGCACUAUCUUUACUGCUGCCUGUACAAGAACCAAGAGGGAAUGUACAGUCUCUUCAGUCCCUACUUACAACUUAAGAAACAAAAAGCUGAAGGCCCAACUCCAUCCAUUCCUUCAUUCCCCUCACCAGUGUUAUCCGUACAGCCCUCCAACGAGGCGGCAGAACUGGGAGACACGCUCCACUUCCGAUGUAGCGUCCCCACUCACUCCUACCAUUUGCAGUCCCAGUCUAACAAACCUGCAACCUAUCUUUUGCUGAGGGCGCAAACAGGAGUGACAUCUGUCAUCCCACAGCGUCAGGCCAGUCAGAUGUCGAACUCUGAACCACAGCCAGGAGUCUUUAAUGUGGGCCCAUUAAGAGGAGGGGAGGAGGGCGAGUACACCUGCCUCUACCAGAUCAACAGUAAAAGGGGGCUGGUUAACUCAUCUGUCAGCAACACGGUACAUGUUACCAUUAAAGGUGUGCUCCCUGUUCCCUCCCUCAUCCUCCAGCAGCAGACGGAUGUGUGGCAUAUGCUCUGCAGAGGAUCCCCUGCAUACCCCGGUUCCUUGUUUUCACUCUAUGUAGCUGGUAACGAACAUCCUGUGGCAACUUACCAUGCAAAUGCAUUGCACCAUCAAGCCACAUUCCCAGUGCCAGUCCAGGACUCCCCAGUGACCUUUUAUCAGUGUCAGUACAGUGCGCUGUUAGGGAGCUCGUGGAGCCCCUCUGAGCGAAGUAUCCCUCUGGCUAUAAGCACAGGAGGUUCCCCUCCACCAUCGAAAGCAGACGUGGACUGGCCUCUUUUACUGGGCUCCUUCUCUGCAGCUGUAUUAUUUCUAUGCUCGCUGGUUUUUGCGGUAAUGUUUGCGAAGAGGAAAGUAAAAGCAGCUGCUGAGGAAAAAAAGAGAAGGAAACAAGCACAGUUCUGGACAAAAGUGCACGCUCGAGAUCACAUUGUUGAUCUUACUCUCAGACGAACCAGUUUCACUUCUCAGGAAUGGGCCUGCGGGGACACGGAAACACCUUCCAGAUCUUCUCUCUGGAACCCCCUCACGACUUUCACAACCCCUAACCAUUAGAGAUGUUUGUUUCAUCUCUACCUGUGUGUGUAUGUGUGUGAAUGUGUGUGUGUGAGAGAACUUCAUCAGGGUUUAUCAAUGUAGCAACAGCUGGAGUUGCACAGCAGACAGGAAAAGUCUAUUUCCUAUUCUUUCUUUUUUCAUUAAUGUGUAGCGAUUAUUUGAAGAUAUUGUACUUUGAUCUUUUAAAAUAAAUAUGGAUUUCUUUUUAUCUUUUUUA